AUGGAGCCUAAGCCGAUGGAUAGCGCGCCAGCCCCGGCCGAGCCGCCCCCAUACAACCCGUCAUGGACCUACCCGCCCAGCGGAGAGAACAACCCGGGCGCUUACCCACAACCUGCCGGCUAUCCACCGCCGCAGAAUGCGGCCUACCCACCGCCGGCUCAGAGCAAUGCCUACCCGCCUCCGAUGAAUUACCCGGCCUAUCCAGCCGGCCAACCAGCCCAACCGGCUCAAGUGACAGUGACAACCACCACCGUGCCACAACCUGCCACCACCCAUCAGGUCGUCAUGGUCAGCACAUGUCCUACGUGUCGUUCAGGAGUCCUACAAGAGCAUAUCCCACUGUGCGGUGUACUACUGGCCAUUUUCUUUUUCCCGCUGGGCGUGUUCUGCUGCUUGGCAAUGAGGGAGAGGGUGUGCACCAACUGCCGGGCAACAUUCAGCUAA